AUGGCCAUGCAUGACGAGGACGACGGCUUGUGCGUGCUCUGCUACGCGCAGCCUCGCGUGCUCCGCUAUCGCCCGUGCGGCCACUGCGUGGCGUGCGAGCGCUGCGCCAUCCGGCACGUGCUCGCACAGCUUCAGGCGGGCGAACUGCGGCCGCGCUGCUCGCACGGCUGCGGCGCGGAGAUUGUGGAUGUCUUGCGGGUCGAGCGGGCCGACCCGCCGAUCUUUGAGCGCGACGAGGGCAACGCAAGCUGUCAGCCGGGCGCGCACAGCCUCGAGGCCUUCCUCGAGCGCGCGGCGCAGAAGGUCCUCCGCUGCAGCGUGGCGCAGGACGCGAGCCAGGCGUGGCUGCGCCUGCGCGAGGCGGCCGGCGCGCGGCGGCAGCUCGCCUUCUUCGAGGCGGUCGAGGCGGGCGACCUCGACGGCUGCGUCGCGCUGCGUCGCGCGGGCGCGUCGGUGGCGCAGCUGCUCCGCGAGCGCGGCGCCGACCUGGCCGCCGCCGAUCUGGACGGCCGCACUGCGCUGCACUUCGCAAGCGUCAACGGGCACCUCGAGGCGGGAUGCCUUGCCCGCAAUGCCUCAGACAGCCCCGAGAGCGCAUGCCUUGCCAGGGCAGUGCGCCGGCUUCUGCGAGCGCUCGACUACGCCUGCUUCAGCGGGCACACGGCGGUGGCGCGGUACUUGUGCGGCUUGGCGAGCGGCGCGUGCCGGACGGAGACGGAGCUGCGGCUGGUGCUGCGACACCCGCGCCUCAAGCUCGAGCAGCUCGUGGAGGGAGGCUACUGCAUCUCGGCCCUGCAGAGGCUCGCGGCCACCGAGCUGAGAGCGGUGGGGAUCGAGGGCGGGGCGAUGAAGCAGGGGCACGCUGCCAGGCUCGCGAAGCACUUUCACGAGGCGGUGGAAGAGGUGGCGGGCAGCGCCGUCGCUUCGCUCGGCGAGGGGAUAUUCACCGGGUUCUCCCUCGAUAGGACUGAAGGGGGAUGA